UGGGCGGGGCGCGGCGCAGCCAUGCUGCCCUGGCUCUGGCCCUGGCUCUGGCUCUGGCUCUGCGGCUGCUGCGGGACGGCCCGCGGUCUACGCAUCCAUGAAUACUUGUACUUCCAAGUGCUCAGUCCCGGGGACAUCCGUUACAUCUUCACUGCCACUCCAGCCAAGGAUUUUGGUGGCGUGUUUAACACAAGGUACGACCAGAUCCACCUGGUCCCGGCGGAUCCUCCGGAGGCCUGUGGAGAGCUGAACAAUGGAGUCUUCAUCCAGGACCAGAUCGCCUUGGUGGAGAGGGGGGGCUGCUCGUUCCUGUCCAAGACCCGAGUGAUCCAGGAGCACGGCGGGCGGGCCGUGAUCAUCGCCGACAACGCCUACGACAACGACAGCUUCUACAUCGAGAUGGUGCAGGACAGCUCCCGGCGCACAGCCGACAUUCCUGCGCUCUUCCUGCUGGGCAGGGACGGGUACAUGAUCAGGCGUUCCCUGGAGCAGCACGGGCUCCCCUGGGCCGUCAUCUCCAUCCCCGUCAACGUCACCAGCAUCCCCACCUACGAGAUGAUGCAGCCCCCCUGGACCUUCUGGUAGCAGCAGGAGGCUGUGGCGGAUCGUGGGCUUCCCAGUGGAUCCCAGGAAUUUCCCCUAAGCACCAGGUUUGAAGAAGGAGUUCCAGCGUCUUCCAGAGAUCCCACUGGAUUCAGCAACAGGGAGAUCUUCCUGCCGGCCAAGUGCCAGGUGGGAACCUUGAGCCUGGCACUGAGCACCCUUUGCUGUGACUUUGUGGGAGGGAGGUGAUGGCCCAGAGCAGGCCAGCGCUUCCCAGGAAACAUUUGAACUUGUGCUGCUGAUUUGGUGGGAUGCAGGACUGGCAGGGAUGGGAGGGAGAGCGACGCAGGCUUGGUCUGGACCAGCAGGGCUCGCCCCAUGUCUGUAUAUUUUUGUCUGAGCUAAUGAAGUCUGAAUGUUUUAGAGAAAGG